AUGGCGCACAUGACGAACCCCUUGGCGAGCGUCGAGCAGCUCUACAUGAGGAACGGCUUUAGCUCACUACCAAAUGAUCUCCAAGAUGUCAUCUUCUACGCGACGCAAUGCCUGACCCAGGCUGCCGGCGUCCUCCUCCAGCUGCCACAAUCUGUCACAGCGCAGGCGAACGUUAUCCUCAUGAGAUACUGGCUGGCAGAGUCUCGACCUCUCCUGACAAGCGAAUUUAGCGAUGUCUCGGCGGCUUGUAUCUUUCUCAUCGCGAAACUCGGACCUCGGCCGCGCUCAGCACGGGACAUCGCUAACGUCUACGCGUAUCUCCUCUCUACCAACUCUUCCUUUAUGCGCGACAAGGGCGCGCAGCCUCCCACCACAAAUGAUCCUGCAUCUUAUUACCUCGGCGAGUCAGACUACUUUGCUUUCCACAAUCGUGUCCUCGCGCUCGAAGCACGCAUCUUGUAUGCCCUCUCCUUUGACACACACGUCGCCCUUCCCCAUCCCUUGGCCAUCACCUACCUCCAGACCCUAGAGUUCUGUAACCACCAGCCCAGGGAGGCGCUAUCGAAGAGGGCAAUCGAGUACUUGAAUACGGCGCUGCUGUCACCGCAAUUGUUGUACCUGACACACCAACCCAACAUGCUGGCAGUCGCGGCUAUCUACAACGCAGCCAAGGACCUGGGUGCUAAGAUGCCUGAAUGUGAGUGGUGGGAAGUCUUUGACGUGGAGAGAGAGGAGCUGGGCUUUUUGGUGGUCGCGAUGAGGAGUCUGGAGGGGUGGGUGAGGAAGCAGAGGGAGGAGUUUCCAUGGAUGGCGAAAGGGAUGAUAAUACGCAAGAUGAUACAAGAGGAGCUGAAGAGGAGAGGCGUGCAUAAUGGGAAUGGUGCUGAAAAUGAAGACGAGGAGGCGGCUAUGAUGAGGCAGAUGGAUGAGAGGGCGGCGCAGGUCGAAGCCUAGUCUUGAUCACGCCAGGGCUCUAUGGUAUACUUCACUAUCAAUCCAAAGGCCAAAAACAAACAAGGCAGAUAUUUGAUUCUACCCCGUCCUCGAGCACUUCGUCAAAUUUCUUUAUUGUUUCGGAAAAUGUUU